AUGACCACCGGCGCCGCAGCAUACAAGAAGCUCCGCGACGUCAAGGACGAGUACCCCUACGCGUACUUCUCUCGCAAGGGCGUUGCCGGCACGGUGAACCAGCGCCGCGCAUGGCUGGCCGACGCUGGCGUUGACCAGGCGGGUCAGCGCCCAGCCCUGACGCUGCGCCUGGCCGAGCACCCCUACGUGCUCGAACCCAGGGUUCACCUCGCGGCCCAAGACUACAACGACGGUCAGCGCGAGCCCCUUCCACCUCUGCGGCCAUACCCGCUGGUCCUUGCACCAGCGCCGUACGUGCCAACGCCUGGCAACAGGUCGAGCAUGGUGCGUGAGGCGCUCCUGCGCGGUCUGGAAGUCGAGGUCGCGCGUCUCCUGCGCGCUCAGCAGGACGCCGAGGUCCAGGCGACCGACGACGACGCCGACGACGCUGCUGCCGCGGGCGACGAAGGCGACGCCAUCCCCGCUCCCCCCGCCGACCAGGAGGAGCCCCGCCUUUGUGAGCUGGAGGACGAGCUCGAGCGCGUGCGUGCCGCGCGCACCGCCGAGCACACCGGCAACCCCGUCCAGCUCGCUGCGGAUGGCGCGCGUUGCGACGGCAUUCAGCAGACCCUGGAUGCGAUUCGCGCCUCCAGGGCGGCCGCCAGGGCGGCCAUGUUCACCCCUCAGGCCGUCCAGCGCCGUAGGCGCCACCACGCCCGCCGCCAGGCCGCUCCCGCCGCUCCCGCCGCCCCCGCCGCCGGGGGAGGAGGAGGAGGUGGAGGAGGAGGAGGAGGACCCGCCCCCGCCGCCGGAGGAGGAGGAGGAGGAGGAGGAGGACCCGCCGCCGCCGCUGCUGCCGCCGCCGCCGCCUAG